CUUGUGUUGUGGUGCCUGGACGGACGUCGGUAGAUCGUCGUGUGCUCGAGACUGGAUCUGGACUGAGCGAUCAUGAAGGCGGAUGCGGUCACCGUUUCAGCGGUGCUACUCAGCUUCAUCGUUGGCAACGGGGCCUUCCCUGGCGCUGCGGAGCUGGCUGCCCGGAUGGACGAAAUCCUGCCUCCUGAGCAGAUCCAAGACGCACAGGAGGACAGCCCGGUGUCAGUGCCGGCGCCCCGGCGGCCCUACUCGUUCAGCUACUCGGCGACGGACCCCCGAGACGGCUCGUCGCACGCCCGCUCGGAGUCGUCGGACGUGACCGGCCGCGUGGUGGGCUUCUACACUCUGCGCACGGCCGACGGACACAGCCGGCGAGUCAACUACGUGGCCGACGAGAGGGGCUUCCGAGCAGAGGUGGUCACCAACGAGCCCGGCACGCAGAGCCUCAAUCCGGCCAACGUAAUCUUCAGGUCUUCAGCGCGGCUACCUUUCCCGUCGAGGCAGCAGGGUCCCUCCGCAGCGGCGGCCGCUUCUGCAGCGGCGUCUUCGGCGGCCACGUCCUACGUGCCGGUCUCGGUGGCCAUACCACAGCGGCCGUCCAGGACCAUCGUCGUCCCGUCCGGCCACAGAGCCAUCUUCGUCCCCAUUGAAUACGUCGGUGGAAACUAG